AUGCAGCCUACCAUGGCGCAUGUUCCCAUGGCCGGCGUAGUAGACAAUGAACAAAUGAUGGUCUUUGUCGCCGUGCACAGUCCCGUGGUCAAAUGCCUUGUCAAUCUCUCGGCGCAGGAUUUGUCCUGGGAGAUUUCGAUUUCGGACGCUGUAACCACAAGCUGCUUCACCAAGGGUCUAAAGAGGUCUUGA